AUGAAAUUGUUAUUGGGCCAGUCGGUCAGGAGCCGCCCCCUAGCCACCCAGCCACCCAGCCCCCUAGCCACCCAGCCCCCUAGCCACCCAGCCACCCGGCAACCCUGGCUGCUCCCAGGCACCCAGCCCCUGAGCCACCGAGUCCCCCAAGUCACCCGGCCACCCCGGCUGCUCCCAGCCCCCCAACCAUCCAGCCACCCCCGGCCACCCCGGCUGCUCCCAGCCCCUCCAACCAUCCAGCCACCCGGCCACCCCGGCUGCUCCCAGCCCCCCCACCCACUCAGCCCCUUCCGCUCUGCAACCCCCAGCCACUCGGCCACCCCACUCACUCAGCCCCUUCCGCCCUGCAACCCCCAGCCACACGGCCACCCCACUCACUCAGCCCCUUCCGCUCUGCAACCCCCAGCCACUCGGCCACCCCACCCACUCAGCCCCUUCCGCUCUGCAACCCCCAGCCACACGGCCACCCCACUCACUCAGCCCCUUCCGCUCUGCAACCCCCAGCCACCCCACUCACUCAGCCCCUUCCGCUCUGCAACUCCCAGCCACCCCACCCACUCAGCCCCUUCCGCUCUGCAACCCCCAGCCACACGGCCACCCCACUCACUCAGCCCCUUCCGCCCUGCAACCCCCAGCCACCCCACCCACCCACUCAGCCCCUUCCGCUCUGCAACCCCCAGCCACUCGGCCACCCCACUCACUCAGCCCCUUCCGCCCUGCAACCCCCAGCCACACGGCCACCCCACUCACUCAGCCCCUUCCGCCCUGCAACCCCCAGCCACACGGCCACCCCACUCACUCAGCCCCUUCCGCCCUGCAACCCCCAGCCACACGGCCACCCCACUCACUCAGCCCCUUCCGCUCUGCAACCCCCAGCCACUCGGCCACCCCACUCACUCAGCCCCUUCCGCCCUGCAACCCCCAGCCACACGGCCACCCCACUCACUCAGCCCCUUCCGCCCUGCAACCCCCAGCCACCCCACCCACCCACUCAGCCCCUUCCGCUCUGCAACCCCCAGCCACUCGGCCACCCCACUCACUCAGCCCCUUCCGCCCUGCAACCCCCAGCCACACGGCCACCCCACUCACUCAGCCCCUUCCGCCCUGCAACCCCCAGCCACACGGCCACCCCACUCACUCAGCCCCUUCCGCUCUGCAACCCCCAGCCACUCGGCCACCCCACUCACUCAGCCCCUUCCGCCCUGCAACCCCCAGCCACACGGCCACCCCACUCACUCAGCCCCUUCCGCCCUGCAACCCCCAGCCACACGGCCACCCCACUCACUCAGCCCCUUCCGCCCUGCAACCCCCAGCCACCCCACCCACCCACUCAGCCCCUUCCGCUCUGCAACCCCCAGCCACCCCACCCACCCAGCCCCUUCCGCCCUGCAACCCCCAGCCACCCCACCCACCCACUCAGCCCCUUCCGCCCUGCAACCCCCAGCCACCCCACCCACCCACUCAGCCCCUUCCGCUCUGCAACCCCCAGUCACUCGGCCACCCCACCCACUCAGCCCCUUCCGCUCUGCAACCCCCAGCCACCCCACUCACUCAGCCCCUUCCGCUCUGCAACCCCCAGCCACCCCACCCACUCACUCAGCCCCUUCCGCCCUGCAACCCCCAGCCACUCGGCCACCCCACUCACUCAGCCCCUUCCGCCCUGCAACCCCCAGCCACCCCACUCACUCAGCCCCUUCCGCUCUGCAACCCCCAGCCACCCCACUCACUCAGCCCCUUCCGCUCUGCAACCCCCAGCCACCCCACCCACUCACUCAGCCCCUUCCGCCCUGCAACCCCCAGCCACUCGGCCACCCCACUCACUCAGCCCCUUCCGCCCUGCAACCCCCAGCCACUCGGCCACCCCACUCACUCAGCCCCUUCCGCUCUGCAACCCCCAGCCACCCCACCCACUCACUCAGCCCCUUCCGCCCUGCAACCCCCAGCCACUCGGCCACCCCACUCACUCAGCCCCUUCCGCCCUGCAACCCCCAGCCACACGGCCACCCCACUCACUCAGCCCCUUCCGCUCUGCAACCCCCAGCCACUCGGCCACCCCACUCACUCAGCCCCUUCCGCCCUGCAACCCCAGCCACACGGCCACCCCACUCACUCAGCCCCUUCCGCCCUGCAACCCCCAGCCACACGGCCACCCCACUCACUCAGCCCCUUCCGCCCUGCAACCCCCAGCCACUCGGCCACCCCACUCACUCAGCCCCUUCCGCCCUGCAACCCCCAGCCACACGGCCACCCCACUCACUCAGCCCCUUCCGCCCUGCAACCCCCAGCCACCCCACCCACCCACUCAGCCCCUUCCGCUCUGCAACCCCCAGCCACUCGGCCACCCCACUCACUCAGCCCCUUCCGCCCUGCAACCCCCAGCCACACGGCCACCCCACUCACUCAGCCCCUUCCGCCCUGCAACCCCCAGCCACACGGCCACCCCACUCACUCAGCCCCUUCCGCUCUGCAACCCCCAGCCACUCGGCCACCCCACUCACUCAGCCCCUUCCGCCCUGCAACCCCCAGCCACACGGCCACCCCACUCACUCAGCCCCUUCCGCUCUGCAACCCCCAGCCACCCCACUCACUCAGCCCCUUCCGCUCUGCAACCCCCAGCCACCCCACCCACCCACUCAGCCCCUUCCGCUCUGCAACCCCCAGCCACCCCACCCACCCAGCCCCUUCCGCCCUGCAACCCCCAGCCACCCCACCCACCCACUCAGCCCCUUCCGCCCUGCAACCCCCAGCCACCCCACCCACCCACUCAGCCCCUUCCGCUCUGCAACCCCCAGUCACUCGGCCACCCCACCCACUCAGCCCCUUCCGCUCUGCAACCCCCAGCCACCCCACUCACUCAGCCCCUUCCGCUCUGCAACCCCCAGCCACCCCACUCACUCAGCCCCUUCCACUCUGCAACCCCCAGCCACCCCACCCACUCAGCCCCUUCCGCUCUGCAACCCCCAGUCACUCGGCCACCCCACCCACUCAGCCCCUUCCGCUCUGCAACCCCCAGCCACCCCACCCACCCAGCCCCUUCCGCUCUGCAACCCCAAGCCACUCGGCCACCCCACCCACUCAGCCCCUUCCGCUCUGCAACUCCCAGCCACUCGGCCACCCCGGCUCCGGAACCUAGUCAGGGAAGUGCAAUCUAAGGCCCCUUCGUCAACAUUUAUGACGGGCGACUGUGAAGAGAGACAGGAGUUGAACUGUGUCGGGGUGGGGCCUUCCCAUCAGGGUGACUGUGAAGAGAGACAGGAGUUGAACUGUGUCUGGGUGGGGCCUUCCAUCAGGGUGACUGUGAAGAGAGACAGGAGUUGA